AUGGCUGCCACUCUGGAGGCAGGCAAGCCCAGGAAGGGAAAACCCUUUAAACUCUUAGGACUUUUAGAUGUGGAAAAUAUCCCCUAUGCCCAGGAUUCAAUAUUAUAUGGUUCAUUAGGAUCUGUUGUGUCUGGCCUUGGACUUUUUUUGUUAGCUAGGGAGAAAGUCUGUGAUCUUGGAGUAGAAGGAUUUUUCUUGGUAACUUUAGGAUGUUGGUUCCACUGUAGGCAUAAUUAUGCAAAGCAAAGGAUACAGGGAAGAAUUGCCAGAGAAGGAAUUAAAAACAAGAUUUUUUAUGAAAGUAUCCACCUUGAUCUGGACAGAAAACAAACCAAUGGCAACAGCAACAGCUGA